GGGUGAAGCCAGACCAAUCUGAUCUGAAGGAGCGCGGUCCGAACUCCUCCUCCACCCCCAGCCGCCCCUACUGCCGCCUGGUUUCUCUUUCUUGAGCUCAGAGGACCCAGGCGUCUGGGGGGGGGGGGCAGCCUCCUCCCCUCUCUGAGACCCGGAAGCCUGGAUCACCAGCCUCUUCAUCACCCAGGACCCAGAAACCCAGCCUCCACCACCAGCCAUGGAGCCCUGUCGGUCCCUGGCCCUGCUCACGAGCUCCCUGGGCCUGAUGUCUGUCUUGGUUGCCCUGAGCACGAAUUUCUGGUUCGAGGCCCAGGGGCCCCACUUCUCAUCUCACUCAGGCCUCUGGCCAAGUGAGGAUGAGGGCUCUGUAGAAGGCUACAUCCAUGUGACCCAGAGCUUCGGCAUCCUGGCCGCCCUGUGGGGCCUGGUCUCUGUGAGCUUCCUGGUCAUGUCCUGCAUACCCUCGCUGUCCGCGCCUGGCCGUGGCCCCCUGGUCUCAACUUUCACAGCCUUUGGUGCAGCCCUCUCUCUGAUGGUGGCUAUGACCAUCUACACUGUUGAGCGCUGGAACCAGCCCAGACACUCCCAGAUCCAGAGGAGCUUCUCCUGGUCCUUCUACCUGGGCUGGGUUUCAACAGUCCUCUUUCUCUGUACAGGUGGCCUGAGUCUGGGCGCUCACUUUGGUGCCCCUCGGGCCGGCUAUGACAGCGUGUGACCUGCGCACUGGCUUUGGGGCUCCCUUCUAGGAAGGCAUCAUCAGGGAUCACGGGAACAGCCAGUUCCCCUUCCAGCUCAGACUCCCAGCCUCCGCAGCCUCCUCCCUUGGUGUCUUUAUUCUUUCAACAAACAUUUGCUGGAAUCUGGUUAUUCCCCCCAUUUAUGCAGCCGCCACAUGACAACAACUGGCCAGCUCCACGGUGGGUGACACGGUGCCCAGAGAGGAGUCAGACCUGCCACCUGCCCUGCCCCCAAGGUGCUUCCCACCCCAUGUGGGCUCGGGCACGAACUUGACCCUCCGUCUGGCCCUUGGCUCUCUUCUUCGUCCUUUUACCUCUAUUUUUCAGUGUCUUUCUCCUUGUAGCUCUUUUCUUCUUGCUCCUUCUCUGACUUUGUCACCUUCACCUCAGUCCUCCUUGUUCAUUUCAUUAAUAAAUGCACUCCUUCAAGGCUUCAAA